AUUUUCCGCUUAGUAAUUAUUCGUUUGUUGUUCAUUGAAAAUCAAGUCCAUUGGAAUUUUCUGAUUAAAUAUUUUUUGUUUUAUUAACAAUCUUGUUCAUUUAACUUAAGGAAACAUGGCUACUGAAAGAUACAGUUUCUCGUUGACUACGUUCAGUCCUUCGGGGAAACUCGUUCAGAUUGAAUACGCUUUAGCAGCAGUGUCGGCUGGAGCCGCAUCGGUCGGAAUCAAAGCAUCUAAUGGAGUUGUAGUAGCAACAGAAAACAAACGGAAAUCUAUUUUGUAUGAAACAACUGUGGAAAAAGUUCAAAAGAUUACUCCCAACAUUGGAAUGGUCUACAGCGGUAUGGGUCCAGAUUAUAGACUUCUAGUAAGGAAGGCAAGAAAAGAAGCCGCACAAUACCAAUUAAAAUUUGAAGAAGAAAUUCCUACUGCUUUGUUAGUUCAAGAAGUAGCUAGUGUAAUGCAGGAAUAUACUCAAUCUGGAGGUGUAAGGCCAUUCGGUGUAUCAUUAUUGGUUUGUGGUUGGGAUAAAACAGGCCCCAAGUUGUAUCAGUGUGAUCCUUCAGGAGCAUACUUCGCAUGGAAAGCUACAGCGUUGGGCAAAAACUAUGUCAAUAGCAAAUUAUUUUUAGAAAAGAGGUAUAAAGAAGACUUGGAAUUAGAAGACGCUAUCCAUACAGCGAUUUUAGCACUGAAAGAAGGUUUCGAAGGACAGAUGACAGCAGAUAACAUCGAAGUUGGCGUUUGUCGUAAAGACAAAAAUGAUGAAAUUAUAUUCGAGAAGCUUGACCAACAACAAGUUGCCGACUAUUUGGCAAAUAUACCAAACUAAGCGUUUAUUAUCAUUUUUUUUUCGAUUAACAUUACUUCAAUUUGAGUGAAAGUACACGCUUAGGCUUGAAGAAACUUUGUUAUUUUGUUUAAAUUUAUACAUACGUUCAUUAAUGAAACACAACUGAUUUUGAAAAGUAAAGGCAUAUGGUAUUUUGUAAA